AUCAAUACUGCUUCAAGUUGAGUAAGAAACCAAUCUACAAUAAGCGAUGAUUCUCAUUAUCUCCCUCAUUUUCUCUCUUCUCUCCUUCUCCCAUGCUUCUGUCCUAGAUUUCUGUGUUGCAGAUUAUGCAGCUCCUAUUGGCCCUGCAGGAUACUCCUGCAAGAAGCCUGCAAAGGUCACAGCUGAUGAUUUUGCCUUCAGUGGCCUUGGCGUUGCUGGCAAUACCUCAAACAUCAUCAAAGCUGCAGUGACCCCUGCAUUUGAUGCUCAGUUUGCUGGUCUCAAUGGCCUUGGCAUUUCUGCGGCACGUUUGGACUUGGCACCAGGUGGAGUUAUUCCACUCCACACUCAUCCUGGUGCUUCAGAAUUACUUGUUGUAGUACAAGGGAGCAUCUUGGCUGGAUUCAUUUCUUCUGACAACACUGUCUACCUCAAAACUCUUAAGAAGGGGGAUGUUAUGGUGUUCCCUCAAGGCUUACUGCACUUCCAAAUCAACGCAGGUGGUUCUCCAGCCCUGGCAAUUGUAAACUUCAGUAGCUCCAAUCCUGGUUUACAAAUUCUGGACUUUGCUUUGUUCAAAAGUAAUUUCCCCACACCAUUGAUAGUAGAAACCACUUUCCUUGAUGCUGCUCAGGUGAAGAAGCUUAAGGCUGUUCUUGGAGGCACAGGCUAAACCAUAGGAAGUUAUCCGUGAAACAGACUGAACUCAAGCAUGUUGUAUCUUAUGUUUAAGUUUAUUUAUUGCCUUGGUCUACAUUUUGGAUUUACCAUGCAUGUGUAGGUAGGACUCUUCUUUUAGCAGGAUUAGUAGUUCAGUAAUAAAACCUUGUCCGAUCUGGCUUUUGGAGUAAUGUUUAUUGUUAUCGAGUUUCAUUUUAUGGCAGAUGAUUCUGUACUUGAGAAAAUUGCGCUAUAAGAUGAAUUUAAUAUAUGGCCUUUUCUCGAGUAUA